GUUUGUGGGAGCCCGCUCUCAUUAAUGUUGUCCUCUUUCCAGUGGAAGUCUCUGUCCAACGAAGAGCAGGCCAAAUAUUACCAACAGGCCAAUGGUGAGAAACGCCUCCACGCUCAGUGCCACCCUGACUGGACCCCCGGCAACAAUUACGGAGUAAAGAGGAAGAAAGACAGGAGCAUGGCCGCCAAACUGGAUGCCAAACUGGCCAAAGCAUCGACAUCGGGAGAGGUCACCCAGCCGGCCAAGAAGCUGUGUGCGGCCUCGGUGUCCACAGCAGUGGUGGAGGCUCCUCCCACAAACAUAGGGGUAAUGGAGGCCUUCAGGACUUCCAGCGUCCUGAAGGCAUUCCACUGAUGCUGGAUGAAGAUGAACCCUUCUGGCCGAAAUCUUUACCAGCGCCCAGAUGGAUGGUGUCCCCAGCAGAGUCGGACAACUAGGUUAGUAUAUUUUCUCUGUGUCCCAAAAAUAUUCACUUCAGGCUCAGAGGAAACUCUAAAUUAUCGACUUGACUCAAUCAGAAUCAUGAAAGGGCUUUCUCCUGAACCUCAGGUUUCUCCCUCAAUCCCAAAAAAUUAAAAUAUGAGCACAGGUGCAAUGCCGCGACCAAUAGCACCCAUGCAUGCUAUGCACAUAGGAUGAGGGUCCCUGCCCGAGAUGGACCCAAAUGACGCAGGGCACGGGCGGGAUGCAGCCUCAUUAGCCUUCGGUUCCGACACUGCAUUACCUGCUGUCCCCUAUUCUCCUCCCCUUGAACAUGAGGGGGAGGAACUGCAAAAGUACCUCUGGAGAACUGGAAACCACCAGGGACUUUGAAACAUGAACUCGGGGGUUCAGUCCCACCUCCACCUCUGUCUUGCUCCUUUUCUUUGAAGGUGGAGGAGAGGGAGAAGCAAGGCCGGUUAGAUUGUGCGCUUCUUCUUCCCUUUCCUGGAGUGGGACGGGCAGUUCCUUGCUGCCGUGGCCGCAAAGGAGUGUUUGCCCCAUGUCUUAGGGUUCUCCACCCAAGGCUGCUGGUUAGUCUGCUGACUCGCUGUAUCUGCAGCUGCAAAACCAGCCCUGGAUACCUGUGGGGUACGAGGGAUGUGCUUCCGGGGUAAGCAGAGGUUAAAGGCUUCGCCUUCCUGUUUCCUGAGGGUGCUGGUUUCCCUCAUUUUUUCCAGAGCAGGACCGAACAGAGGUUGGGUCGUAUGCCACAUCCAUUACCUCUGCCUUCUUCGUAUCACAGAGGCCUGAGCGAUUUAGCCACCUAGCUCUUGGCCUGGGAGAGGCCACGGCUCUUCCGUCAGGAGCUGUAUUAUUUCUGCCACCCAAUGCUUGGACGGCCACCACGGCGCUAUCAUGAUUAGCGACAAGCCCUGUUUUCUUACCCUUUCUAGAGUCGGGGAGAUCAGGCUGAGGGGGGGGGGAAUGCAUAGAGCAGCACGUUUGGCCACGUGUGUGCCAGCGCAUCCAUCCCCAGUGGUGUAUUUUUGUCUGACAGUGAGUGUUUUCUCGUGAGGUAAUUUGCUCUAGCAAACGGGGGUUUAGCCCGCUAUAGUGUACCGUAAGAGUUCGCUCGUCGUCAGUUUUGGUUGAUGAAGAUGUGCUGCAUCCAACAAGAACUCUGUCUGAUCUCAGGUCAAAUGGUGACAGUGAGAAAAGAUAAAUAAUACAAGAUAAUAAAUAAAUAAUACAUAAUUACAUUAAACCUACCUGAUUCUAAUCUCCAUGAUUAUCAAAAAAGUGGUGGUUUAAAAGACAUAUUGGCUUCAUUCACUUAUUUUACAAUUACAGUAUUUGGGUGUCAGGUGUAUGUACUGUACACAUGUUACCAUACGUGCACAAGCCAGUGGAUUAGAUUUAUUAUUGAUUAGACAUGAUUGUUGAAUGUUCAAUAUGACGAGGGACAUGGAUUUG